UAAUAUUCAUACACGUGGAAUGUAGUGAGGUCUAAUUUAAAUUUUCUUUAAGUAUUAUUAUAUGAAACAAUAAUCAAGUGUAAAAGUGGGUGACGGUGUAAAUAUUAAUUAAGAAUAAUAUGAUUAUUCAAACUUUCUUACGGAAAUUUCAACGAUGUCCGAAAUUUCGAUUCUGUUCCACGAAACCGGCAUUUACGGCGGACAGAUAUGACGUGAAGAGAGGUCCCUACGCGAAUAUUUCCAAUAAUCACGUAGCAUACUUCGACGAGUUACUUGGACGAAAUAGAGUGAUCACGGAUGCAGAUGAAUGCGAAGGAUACAAUAUAGAUCACUCGAAGAUCGUCAGAGGGAAGAGCAAACUCGUGUUGAAACCGAAAACCACCAACGAGGUAUCUGCCAUAUUAAAGUAUUGUAACGACAAUCGGUUGGCCGUAUGCCCCCAGAGCGGAAACACAGGUCUUGUAGGCGGGAGCGUGCCGGUCUUCGACGAGAUUGUUAUUUCCAUGAAACUUAUGAACAAAAUCAUCGAAACGAACGAAUUGGCAGGGGUGCUGACCUGCGAAGCUGGCUGCGUACUCGAGGACCUGGACAAUCAUUUAGCGACUGUAGGUUUAAUGAUGCCGAUUGAUCUCGGUGCCAAGGGUAGUUGUCUGAUCGGUGGUUGCGUAUCCACAAACGCUGGCGGUUUGAGACUUCUUCGUUAUGGUAAUCUUCAUGGAAACGUAUUAGGUUUGGAAGCUGUAAAAGCGAACGGGGACGUGGUAGACUGUUUAAGUACGCUAAAGAAGAACAACACUGGCUAUCAUUUGAAACAUCUAUUUAUUGGGUCCGAAGGAACUUUGGGAAUUGUAACGAAAGUCGCAAUUCAAUGUCCACCUCUUCCUGCAGCCAUCAAUGUUGCUUUCUUAGGGCUAGACAACUUUGACAAAGUGCUAGAAACGUUUCAUCUGGCAAAGAAGGAGUUGGGGGAGAUUUUGUCUUCGUUCGAGAUGAUGGACAAGUUGUCUUUAGACGUCUCGACAGAGAUCUUGGGUCUAAAGAAUCCACUAACGUCGAAUACCAGUGGUCAUAACUUUUACGUACUAAUGGAGACUUCUGGUAGUAACGUGAACCAUGAUGAAGAGAAGCUCAACUCUUUUGUGGAGAAGGCGUUUGCCAACGAGUUCAUCGAAGACGGUACCAUGACUUCAGAUCCUGCCAAAGUCAGAAAUAUAUGGGCGCUGAGAGAACGCAUUAGCGAAGCAAUAUUACGAGAGGGUUACGUUUUUAAAUAUGAUAUUUCCAUACCUCUUCCACAUUUUUAUAAAGUGAUCGAGGUACUCAGAGAACGAUUGCGAGAUCCACGUAUUAUAAGAAUUAGUGGAUACGGCCAUCUAGGUGAUGGAAACAUUCAUGUACAGGUUUCUAUACCUUCGUAUGAACCUGAGAUAGCGUCACAACUACAACCUUUUAUUUUCGAAUACGUAUCUAGCCUUCGUGGUAGUGUAAGUGCUGAACAUGGCAUAGGAUUCACGAAAACGAAGUAUCUGCACAUGAGUAGAAGUUCUUCUGAAAUCGAACUUAUGCACGAAUUGAAGAGAAUGAUGGAUCCCAAUGGUAUACUUAAUCCAUACAAGGUUUUGCAUCCAUUAAAAACUUCCGUGCAAUGAUUAAAUUCGAAAAAUAAGAAAAAAUUUAUGUAAAAGAUAACGGUAGUGCAAUCAAAAUAUUAUUGUACUGUUUAAAUAUAGUAC